AUGAACCUGGCAGCAGUGAAUGGGUUUGUGCCUGUUAUAGAGAUCAGCGUCAGCGAGCAGCAGAGUGCUGAGAAUUACCUGGUGACAAAUAAGACCAAGACAGCUGUCGUCAGCUUGGGCUGCAAAGAUGAAUUGAUGUCCAAACAGCAGGCAGAAAGCCUCCCUGAGCCAGCGCCUGGGACCUUCUUGGUGGUGCCCACUGAGGUGCCUGAGGUGCAAGCUGCGGGGUCUGUGGCCAAACUCCAAAUAGCCCAGCCAGUGGCUGUGAUGACCAAGCCGGGCAGGGCACCCUCCUCACCAGGAACACAGACCCAGCCAGAGAUUGAGCUCCUCUUGGACUUGCUGGAAAGCCCUCAGACCGUGAUAGGCCCCUGCUGUGACUGGUGCUCGGUGCGUAGGAGCCUGGUGCGCAAAUUCUCACAAGCCCACAGGGCCUUCUUGAUUCGUAAGGACUCCGUGGUCCCGAAGAAGAUCAGCUCUGCUCGACGGUCCUCCAGGAAGCUGGCCCUGGAACCAGCAGUCACAGGCUACAUCACCUGCCACAGCUACCUGGAGAGGCUCCUGGGUGUAGAAGUAUUCAGGAAAGCCAGCUCUGAAGAGGAGGUGAAGUGUGCAAGAGAAACUGAGCAGGAGGCACCUGAGGGCACCAGGAGAAGGCUGCACUCUCAGAACACAAACAAGAUUUCCAUCAGCAGCCCAAGGGCCCAGCCAGGGUCUGGAAGCCAAGCAGAUGAUGACAGUGAGAGCGAGAUGGACCAAAGUGAGGAGCCCAGGGUGCUGCCUGAGAAUGUCGGGGGAAAGAGGAUCUACAAGCAAGCUGUCAGUGAGCUGGAUGAGAACGGGGACCACAUAGAUGAUGAGGCACUCACUCCUCCUAGAACCAAGGCUCCCUCCCCUGUCUGCCCUCCCAGCAAGGAGAAGGAGCGACAGCAACUGGAGAACCUGAAAAAGAAGGAGGAGGCUGAGCUGAUGAGGAAGCAGAUGGUGGAGGAGGAUAAGCGCCGGCACCUGAAGCAGGUGAAGAUGAAGUGGGAGGCACGCCUUCUGAAGGUCCUGUUGGGCCGUCAGCAGGCAGAACAGCUGGAGGUAGAGAAGAAGACGUGCAUUGAACAGAAGCUGGCUCAGCUGGAGAAGAACAAGUAGCAGGUCUAUGAGGUUCUUCUCAGGAAGAGGGAUUCUUCCCCAGCUUGUUGAGAUCAUUCUCAAGGACAGCUCUAAAAUCAUGUCCCUGAUGCCAAAUGUCUGAAGGAGAAGAAGAUGGGGCAAGCAACUAAAUCAAAUUGUAUGUGGAAAUGAUGCCACAAAUACAGGAGGUGAGGAGUCCUGGAGUGUUUUCCCAAAAGGCUCAGUGGCUGGUCCCACACCAGUGACAACUAGAGAAAAGAAAGCAGAGCUAAAAUGAAUGUGGCUUACAAUAAAUACUCCUCCAAGCUGAACUGUUCUUCUCCCUUACUCAUGAUUGAAAAUGGGAUGUGUAUUGAAGAAAGGGCUAAGGAUCUUUCUCCCUCUCUGUCUCUCUCUGUC